UGAGCCAGUGCGUGUUCCGUAUAGCCAACAGAACUUCACAGCAACUUCGUAUAUACUUCCCACUGGAUUCCCACACCGGACAGCGUGUAGGCGGGGCGAACGGUACCCUAAGCGGCUUUUCUGAGUCGACUUUUCACCGAAGUCUAUGGUUUGUGAUUUGACGUAGAAUUAAAAUCUUCGCACGCAACUUUCCGAUCACCAACAUCACCUCGAUCUGCACAGAACAUACCAGAACAUACACACCAACAGAAGGAGAGAAAAUGAAGGAAACGGAGGUAGAGAAAGAAGGAAAAGGGGGGCGAGCUGCAACGAGUAAAACCGAAAAAGACCAGAGCUGGAUACCCAAGAUUAUCAAAAAGAGGGUGUGCACAACAUUUGUUGAAGAUUCCUUCAGUAAUGGCGCUCUGUGCCAGUGCGGGGGCGUGCGGGAGAUGCACGGCUCUGUCGCCAUGGGGGACUUUUUCGGGGCAGCCAUUGUGAGCCAGUGGGAGAGCGGCCAGCACUCUUCAGAGUACCCCACAGACGCCUUCGGAGAGCUGGAGUUUGCUGGCGCAGGGAAGAGACACAGCUACUUCCUGCGCCUGUCCUGUGACACCCCCCCGGAGAUAGUGUACACCCUGAUGACUGCCCACUGGGGGGUGCCCGCGCCCAACCUGGUGGUGUCGGUGGUGGGGGGGGAGGGCAGGGACAAGGUGAAGCCCUGGGUUCGAGAGGUGCUGAGACAGGGGCUUGUCAGGGCCGCACAGAGGACAGGUGCAUGGAUUUUGACGGGAGGGCUGCGGGAGGGGGUGGGGAGGUGUGUGGGAGAAGCCGUGAGAGACCACAGCACCGCCGCCUCCUCUUUCUCCCAAACCAAAGUCGUUGCCUUGGGAAUCGCCCCCUGGGGCCUUGUGCAUAACAGACAACAGCUGGUGAACCCUCAGGGAAGCUUUCCAGCCAGGUAUUACGUACAGAACACCUCCCGCGACACCUGCUGCUUGGACAACAACUACCAGGCCUUCCUCCUGGUGGACGACGGCACCGUGGGGCGGAAGGGGGGCGAGACGGGGUUCAGAGCCAGCCUGGAGGAAUUCAUCUCCCACCAGAGGACCGGGAUCUGGGGCAGUGGCAGUAUCGAGAUCCCUGUUCUCUGCAUGCUGGUUGCAGGGAAUGAGUCCAUGCUGAAGCGAGUGGACCUCUCUCUGCAGAAGGCCACGCCCUGGCUGGUGCUGGGCGGGUCCGGGGGGGUGGCCGACCUCAUCACGGAGGUUCUGGGGGACCUCUCCACCCUGCCCCUCGCCUCGCCCCCCGCUGAAGGGGAGGGGGAGGGCUCCAGCUCGGAGCUGAAGGAGAGGGUGCGGGAGAGGGUGAGGAGGUUCUUUCCCUCCGUGCCUGAGAAGGAGAUCGAGAACAUGACCGAGCGGGCGCUCAGUAUCUACCAGAAUAGAGACCUGAUCACCAUCUACCACGGAGAGCAGGAGGGUCCGGAUGACUUUGACACCGUACUGCUCAAAGCCCUGGUCAGAGCCAGUAAGAGGGUGUCCAACAGUGCCAGCGAGUACACAGAGGAGCUGAAGCUGGCCGUGGCAUGGAACAGAGUGGACAUCGCCAAGAGCGAGCUCUUCAACGGCGACAUUCAGUGGCGGUACGAGGACCUGGAGGACUCCAUGACGGACGCCCUGGUGAACGACAAGCCGCAGUUCGUGCGGCUCUUCACGGAGAACGGCCUGAACAUCCUGGACUACCUGACGUACCGGCGGCUGGAGGGGCUGUACCGCUCGCUGUCGGACAGCGCGCUGGCCUACUCGCUGCUGCACCGGCGGCUGAGCGAGCGGCAGGGCCUCUCCGGCUCCCUGCCCUCCGUCCCCGCGCAGCUGCCCCCCGCCAUCUCCCUCAAGGCCCCCGAGAGCCCCCUGCUGGGCUCCAGCUCCGUCAGAGAGCUCAGUCUGUACGAGGUGUCUCGCCUGUUAUGGGACAUCCUGGGGGACGUCUGCCAGCCCUUCUACUACGGUCCUCUGGGCCUGGACCAGUCCACCAGCACCAGGAAAGCCCUCAAGACGGUGAAUAAGCUGUUGAUAGGUGACUGCCCGUACCGGGACCAGCGCUGUCUCUCUCCCUGGGCCUCCCUCUUCAUCUGGGCCAUCCUGCAGAACCGCAGUGACAUGGCCAUCUACUUCUGGGAGAUGGGGGGAGAGUCUGUGCUCAGUGCUCUCAGUGGCUGUAAGAUAUUGAGGGAGCUCUUGAGGCAGGGGGAGGGCCCUGUAUGGGGGAACCUGGCCCACGAUGUGUUCAGUGAGUGCUACCAGAGCAGCGAGUCCCGCUCCUUCACGCUGCUGAUCAGGAAGUCCCCGGUGUGGGGCGAGGCCACCUGUAUGCAGAUGGCCAUGGCGGCCGACGCCCGCCGCUUCUUCAGCCACGACGGCGUGCAGUCUCUGCUGUCUCAGAUCUGGUGGGGAGACAUGGAGAGGAGCACGGAGGUGUGGAAACUCCUCGUUUGCUUUUUCAUACCUCCUCUCAUCUACACCGACCUCAUCUCCUUCAGGGGUCAAGAGGACGAGGGAAAGAGCAAUGACGUCCCCCAGGCCCGAGAGACCGACAGCCUGGACGGAGGGGAGACCAUCCUCUCCCUCGCUGACAUCAUGCAAACUGAGGAAGAUGCUGAAGAAUACAAUGCACUGAGGUCCAGAGCUAAAGGCUCCUCCCCCUCAAACAUCAAACGCCCGUUCGUGCUUCGCCGAUGGAGAGAGUUCUGGUUCGCGCCGGUCACUUCCUUUCUGGGAAACGUGCUGAUGUACUUCCUCUUCCUGCUCCUGUUCGCCUACGUGUUACUGGUGGACUUCCAACCGCCGCCGCCUCAGGGCCCUGCCCCCGCAGAGGUGGUGCUCUACUUCUGGGUCUUCACCCUCGUCCUCGAGGAGAUCCGGCAGACCUUCUUCGUGGGCAGCACCACAGUGGUCCAACGGAUGAGGCAGUACAUCCAGGACAUAUGGAACAAGUGUGACCUCACCGCCAUUAUUCUCUUCACCUUUGGCCUGUGCUGCAGAAUGUUCCCGUGGUCCUAUUGGUUCGGUCGAGCCGUCCUCUGCAUCGACUUCAUGGUUUUCACCCUGAGGCUCAUUCACAUAUUUGCCGUUCACAAGCAGCUGGGGCCCAAGAUCAUCAUAGUGGGCAAGAUGAUGAAGGAUGCAUUCUUCUUCCUGUUCUUCCUGGCCGUGUGGCUGAUGGCAUAUGGAGUGGCCAAUCAGGCGCUGCUGUAUGCCUAUGAUCCCCGCAUUGAUUGGAUCCUGCGGAGGGUGUUCUACCGGCCCUAUCUUCACAUAUUUGGGCAAAUCCCCCUAGAGGACUUAGACGCGGCCAAGGUGGAGGGCGAGGUGAACUGCACAUUUGACCGAGCGCUCAUUGAUGAAGGAGCUGAGCCCUGCAUGGACACGUCCCUCAACUGGCUGGUCAUCGUCCUUCUGGUGGUCUACCUGCUGGUCACCAACAUCCUGCUGCUUAACCUGCUUAUCGCCAUGUUCAGUUACACGUUCUCCAAAGUCCAGGAGCACAGCGACACCCACUGGAAGUUCCAGCGCUACAACCUGAUCGUGGAGUACCACUCGCGCCCCUGCCUCGCCCCGCCCUUCAUCAUCCUCUCUCACCUCCACCUCUUCGUCAAGAGGUUCAUCCGCAAGGUCCCCUCCGAAAAGAUCCGCCAUUUCGUGCUGGAGCUUAGGGGGCGGAAGGCCAGCCGGCUGAUGACGUGGGAAUCCAUCCAGAAGGAGAACCUCCUGACCGCCCAGCACAAGAGAGAGAGAGACUGCGACUCUGAGAGACUCAAACGCACCUCUGUCAAGGUGGACAGUGUACUGAAGCAGAUGGCUGAGAUUCGAGACCAUGAUCGAAGGCUGAGAUUGGUAGAAGCAGAUUUGGAGUAUUGUGCCAGCGCCCUCUCCUGGAUGGUGGAGGCAUUCUCUCAGAGUAACCUGAUCAAACCCACUCGCCCUCCUCCCACACCCAAAGAACUGGUCUUGUCUUCUGCAUAGAGUCUGCCUCGACGGAGGCCGGCGUGAACAGUGCAGAAUAAAGAGGGAGGAGGGUGUGCAUCAUUUCAGCUUUAUUUUAAAUUGAUUUUAAAUGUGAGCGUAAAUCAGCCAACUGUUUUUAUUGACCUUUUAAAUGGACCUUUUACUUCGUUAUUUGCUUGUUUGUACUGUUUGUCUCCUACUGAUUGUGGGACACACACACACUCUCUCACACACACACACACACACACACACACACACACUCACACAACUCUCCUCUCUCGCACACACACACACGCACACACACCUAUAACACACACACAGACACACACACACACACACACAGAAAUGCACUGCCACACAUAACUGUGGAGACAUAUGCUGUGAUAUUGAAUGGCAGGGUGUGACCGAUAUAUCCUCAGGGUCUAUAAGGAAUGUGAAUUCACUGACACUGAAAAAGAGUUGGGACUUGUACAUAUUGAAUGAUAUCUUAAUGAAUGCUAAUGCCAAAAAAACCCUCUGUGUUCCGUCUGGAUAAGACUACUUCUGGAUAUGAAUACAUUACACUGUAUUUAAAACUGCCUUUCAGUGACUGCUGUAGUUUCUGUUCUAUCUGGAUACCUCUUUUUUUGGUAAAUAAAGUAAUGUUAGUUUCUUC